AUGGCAGCAUCUCUCCGUUCUCAAAGAGUCCUCCAACGGCUCGCAGCGUCAUCCCGAUCAACACCACGCUCAUUCCUCUCGGCAAACCGCAAGACACUCAGCGGUUCCUGCAUCCUCUGCCAGCGUCAACUCUCAAACGCCGCAGCUACACGAGCUCGUUCACCACUGCAACACCGCCCCUUCACAACCACCAUCCGCAAGCUCAACCAGAGCCCAAACUCCGAGGACUCCUCAGCAAUCCCCAACGCCCCGAACACAACAACCUACUACACGAUCUUCCCGCAAACCCUUCCAACCGGCCCGCCGCCCUCAUCGCCCUUCGCAGUCGACGUCGCGCUCCUCCGGCGCGAGUUCCUACAACUCCAAAACACAAUCCACCCGGACAAGUACCCCACGGGCCCAACAAAGCAAACCGCCGAGUCGCUCUCCGCAACGAUCAACGAAGCCUACCGCACGCUCGCGGACCCGCUUCUCCGCGCGCAGUACAUCCUGCGGCAAUUCCAUGGGAUCGAUGUCACGGCGGAGGACGGGGCGGGGUCGCACCCGCUUGAUCCGGAGCUGUUGAUGGAGGUGAUGGAUGUUCAAGAGACGAUUGAGGAGGUGGGCGAGGGUCCCGAGGCGGAGGCGCAGAUCGCCGAGAUGAAGAAGGAGAAUGAUGCGCGGUUGAGAGGGUGUGUGGAGGCGUUGGGGAAGGCGUUCGACGAGGGCAAUGUUGAGGCGGCGACGGGGGAGUGUGUUAGGUUGAAGUUUUGGGUUAGUGUUGCGGAGGGGUUGAAGGAGUGGGAGCCUGGGAUGGGCGGGAUUAGGCUGAUUCAUUGA